AUGGCCUCUCCCUUACUGGCCACGGCCUCGGCACACUUGAAAUCCAAGGGAAUCGGAGUGAACGUAGUGUAUGAUCAGUCACUACCUGUUCCCGAAAGCGGUAUGCUAGGUAUGGGUGAGGAAAAAUACCAAGCCAGACUUCACUGGGCAGAUGGGCGCAUACGCGUUUGGGGUAGAUUUUCUAUGGCUACUCUUUCAUCGGCAGAUCUCGAGAAAGAGCUGGCCUAUACGCCUUCCAUCGCGGCGGAGGGCUGGCCACUGCUGGCGACUUCUGCCAAGAGACGGCCCAAAGAGAUCCUGAUAUGCACUCAUGGCGCGAGGGACUGCAGAUGCCAUGAUAAGGGCAUGCCGUUGUUGGAAGCCCUUAGAGAGGAGGUGAGAAAGAAGGGGUUGGAGAACGAGGUCAAGAUCGGAGAGGUUGCACAUGUGGGAGGCCACAAAUACGCUGCCAACGCCAUUCUUCUGCCCACUAUGGACAUGCUCUCCAAUUUGACAGCAAAAGACGCCCCUCAAGUACUGUCUCAACUCUUGACUCUUACUGCCAAUGCUCUGUCGCCAGACAAGGGAAACGGUACACAUUUGUGGUCACAUUGGAGAGGCAGAUAUGGCCUCACUGGAGAUCAGCAGGCCAAGCUUUGGAGUAUGGUCGACCCCAACGCGGAAAAAGUUCAAGAUCAGAGGGAGACUGUCCAGCUCAGAUUCAGGACUUUUGAGGGUGAGGAGAGAUUAGUGCAAGGGAAGGUUGGCGAAAAUCUACUGGAAGUCGGAAAGGAAAACGAUCUGCCUUCGCUAGAAGGGGUAUGCGGCGGUAAUCUGGAAUGUGCUACCUGCCAUCUGUAUAUCACUGCGAUCCCAGCAGCUCCAGUUCCUGAUCCUUCAGAGACCGAGAUGGAUAUGAUGGGAUAUGCUAUAGGAUACAAGGAGGGAGAGAGCAGACUAGGCUGCCAAGUGAAGGUGACCGCGGGACUGGGCGAGUGGUGUAAGAACGGCGGUGUCAUUGGACUACCAAGAUUCUAG